GUCCGGUUUCGACAGCAGAUUCUCCGGUUUUUAAACUCUCUGGCACUAACUCAUUGUUGCGCUAGCUCCUCAUAGAACGCCAUGCCAAUGAGCGUUGAGGAUAGGCCCAAGUAUGUGCGAAUGCGGAAGGGUGAGGAGUCAGAAGGUACAUGCCAAGUAUGGAAGCAGGGUUCAAAAAGGGGAAUUGCUCUUGACAGUGUGUGCUGGGGGCACUCGUCACCUUCCAUGUGCCUCUGCCGAGUACAGACACCGCCCACACCUUAAAGAAAAGACAUAAACAGCUGCGCGAAGGGAAACCUAUCAGAGGUUCGAAGAAGGAGAAGCCGUUUAACUUAACAAAGAUACACCAAGGUGGUGCCCAUCAUGGCGGAGGUCAAACCCAAGCUGGUUAUGCUUUUCAAGGCAACUAAGGAGAAAGAAGAAGAUAAGUUUGCUAAGGAACUAAAAAACAAUGGCUAUGAAGCAGUGAGCAUUCCAGUGUUGUCAUUUACAUUUGUCAACUCGGAUCAGUUGAAGACACAUCUACAGAACCUAAGUGACUUCUCAGCCAUCAUUCUCACAAGUCCACGAGCAGUGGAAGCAGUGGUCAAGGCGUCCGAGGCCAUUGCAGAUAAGGGAAAGAAAUUCAGUGACAUGAAGUGCUAUGUGGUUGGAAAAGCUACUGGUGUUUUAGCUAAGAAAGCAGGAUUCACCACAACAGGAGAGGACUCAGGCAGUGCGACAGAGCUUGCAAAAGUUAUCUCAGCUGGUCCCUCUCAAGAUGGCAAACCAUUCCUGUACCCCUGUUCUGACAUCCGCAGAGAUGUGCUGGUGCAACACCUGAAGGAGAAAGAUUUAGCUGUUGAGGAGAUCACAGUGUAUAACACAAACCCCAAUGACGCCCUAGAGAGCAGUGUCAAGGGGGUUCUGCAUAACCAGGGUUUGCCUGAGUUUGCUGUAUUCUUCAGUCCUUCUGGUGUCCAGUACACAGAGCCAUUGGUGAAGAAAGGACUAUUGCCACUUGACAAAAUAAAAGUGAUAGCCCUGGGCCCUGCCACUAAGCUGGAGGUGGAAGCUCGAGGUGUCACUCUCCAUGGUGUCACAGCCAAGCCAGAACCAACCAGUCUUGUUACACUGCUCAAACAGGCGAGGCUCAGCUUCAUGCCAAAGAUUUUCAUGGAAUUCAGAGGCAGUGUGACUUUAUUUCUGUUUAUCUGCCCUGGACUUCGGGGGAACAAGCAUAUGUGGUUGAUGCCUCACUUGCUGCCUGUUCUCUGCAUGAGGAGGGUCGAGCAGGUUGAAGAGCAGAAAGACUAAGUGUCCCUAACAUGGAACAGCCAACUCCUACAGUGAAAAGUGUGUGCCCAGAGAUAUAAUUGUAGUACAGCAUGCAAUAGCAUACCCUAUGUGCUUGUCAGUACUCUCAAUGAAAGAGCUCAUAAUGUCACAGACCAUCAUAUUUUGAUCACAUAUGAUGAGACUCAAAUCUCACUCACCCACUUUUCAUAUGAUGUUUCAUAGAUUGCUCAUUUUUGAUAAAUAGAUAAAAACACUUCAGCUUCAAAUGAUAUGAGUGUUGUUCAUACAUCAGACUGAAUACCCAAAACACCGGGAAAGAUGAAAUAUGCCAUAUGUAAAGGGUCUGGAGACUCGAAGGGUAGCUGCAUUACACACAUAGUUGUGGAGAUUAAGUUGGAGGACUGGUAUAUAAAUGUGUCAUUGUUUUUCCAUAAUCUUAAAAGUCUGUUGUUAAUUUGAAUUGAUGUGGUGCAAUUAUAUAUAUGCAAUGUUUUUAUCUCAGCAUUGACCAAUGUUACACACCAACUAAGGCCUGUUAUAGUCUGUGACAUGCUGCCGUUCAGUAGGCUGCUGACAAACAAGGAAAGGUGUGUUUGUGGCAUUACUUUAGUUUAUUGGAUCUUCUUGUGGUUUUACUGUUUGAUGUAGUCAACGUAACAUUGUCGGUUGUUAUCCCUCAGUAUUUACUAUGUGGAUAUCACAUGUGUAUGUGUUUUAAGCUGUUAAUGCCUCAUAUGGCUGCCAUAAUACUUCUCUAUUCAUGAAAGGAGUCAAAAGCAUACCUGUGAUUGUGUUUUAUUUGUUAAUAGUAUGUCAAUUUCUUAAAUUAUUUCAGUGGCUAGAUAAGAAUAACUGAAUUACUGAACACCCAUUCAUUUUAUAUGCUAUGUGUUCAGUGUUAUUAGGUUUUAGAAGCUAUUAUUCUCCACCACAAAAUAGUAACGGAGUUCAUCUGUUCUUUUGUCCGUCCGCUUCUCAAAGGGGACAAAUUUUCUCUAAAACUAUUUCACACUGAUUUGACUGAAACAAUUAUUCACAAAAAGUGAAUGGGAUUGGGUACAAGUUGUCCAACUUAGAACACCAAUUGAAAUUCUAAUGUGCCCCAUGCCUGGGGAUAGUGAUAAAGCUGUUUUCUUGUUUAUGAUGUUUCCAUGUAUAAAGAGUAAUGGUAUAAUAGAUUUGUUUGAUGUUAAAUUUUUCAAAGUGCCUUGUAGGUUUAUUUGAUUGUUACCAAUGGUAGUUAUCCCAGAUGUGUCUUUCAGAGAGUCCAACACUUGAGCAUUUACGUAUUGUUUCAUGAAUAUUUCACACUGAGUCAAGAUAUGAUCUCAGAUCCUCUUGGUGGAGGUAUUUUCAGUUGUCUUAUGUAAUGUGACAUGCAUACAACCUGAUGGGUUAGAGACAAUAUCUGAAGUGGCAUUGAUAAUAAUUGAGUGUUGUAGAAUUUUGGCAUGUAUGAAAUAUGCUAUACAGUCAAGUCCUGUUAAUCUGACAUGGUUUGUUGCAUAUGAUUAUGUAAGAUUAACAAGUAUGCCAGAUAAAUGAAAUUAAGUAGUAUCAACGUUCAUGAUCGAAAAUUGGACAACCACAUGAUCGAUAACGAUACAUAUCAUUUGUAAUAAAAUUAUGAAAAAGGAAAUAUCCAUUUUGAUAUGUUAGAUAGUUAGUAGAAUAUGUUUUCUUAUCAUGCAACCUCGAAAGCUUUGCAUAGGGUAUUCUGAAUUACUGUUACAGGCUGUAUGCCUGAUUCAAAAUACUUUUGAAAGCAUACUCUGGAAUGGAAGUUGCCAGUUUGAAAGUAGUGCCGCAAAGCUCAAGAAAAUUACUUUUAAGUGGCUAAUGUAGACAUUUCAGUCAAAGUUCACGAAAGGUCAUUCUGAUGUGAUCUGUAAUGGGAUGUCCUCAGUGGUAGCAGACCCAUGAAGAUCCCAGUAGAGUAUAGGUCUCAGCAACCAAUGCCUGCCGUAAGAGGCGACUAUGAUUGUCAUAAGCGGCGACUAAUGGGAUCAAAUGGUCAGGCUUGCUAAAUUGUUUGAUGCAUGUCAUCGUAUCACAAUUGCAUAGAUCGAUGCUCAUGAUGUCAAUCACUGGAUUGUCUUGUCCAGACUCGAUUAUGUAGACCGCCGUCAUAUUGCUGAACUCAGCGUGAAACAACAAACAAACUUAGCGAAAGCAAUAACUUAUAUCUGAUUUUAAUGAGAUUGAGUUAAUCUUAACGUGAUUAAUCCUUUUUUGUUUAUUUAAAGCAUUGAUUGUCCACUGUUAAGCAAGUUUAUCUCUGCAGCUGUUGUAAUAUGCAGAUAGACAACGUGUCUAACAUCAACACAAGCGGGCAGAUGACCACGGAGUACGCAAAUCACUGUGUCGGAUUAACGAGAUUAAUGAGUUAUUUCGAGAAUUUGUUGCAAAUUAGGUGUGUCACAGUCGGAGUGCGAGAAUGUCGGAUUAAUGGGUCUAAAUAGCACUGAUAUAAUCGGUUCCCAUCAUUAGUGUCGGGUAAAGCCGAUUGUCGGAUCAACGAGUGUUGGAUUAAUGAGACUUGACCAGAUAUAUAGUUUUUCCUGUAGCUGUAUUUUGAUGAUAAGCUGCUUUCAAUGGAUUGUUUACAUGAAGUGCAUGACUAUUGCUCAAUGUUUUGUACAGUCCUGCUGCUAUCUUUUGAAUUGAUGAUGUACGGUUGAUGUUAUGUAUUUAAUAUUCAUCAGAUUUGUUUGGCAGUUGCAACACUUUCAAGAGACUUAUAAAAGUGUUACAUGUUUUAACAAAG